AUGUCAGUGUUAGAUAUACUACGCAGGCCAAAUUUUUUGGUUUUAGUAAUAUGGAGGGUAAUUAACGCACUAUCUGUAAAUACUUUCUUCCAAGCUGAUGAGUUCUGGCAAUCUCUCGAACCAGCUCAUGUAAAGGCUUUCGGCUAUGGUGAAUUGACUUGGGAAUGGAAAUUGGGUAUCAGAGGAUACGUGUUUCCGUUUCUAUUUGAAUUGUGCUACAGGUUAAUUAAAUGCAUAACCUGGACAUUGGGAUAUUUGAAUGUCGAUUUUAAUAAUCAAAAUAAAUUUGAAUAUAGCUGCACUAUACUCUUCCCAAAACUUUUAAUGGCAAUAUUAGGUGCUAUUGGAGAGUACCAUAUGGUCAUUCUUGUUCGGAAACUAUAUGUGUUGUCAAUGGAUGAUCAUAAGGCUGAAGAUAAGGAAACUGAAGAGAAAGGUUCUUCCGAUUAUCACUGUACUUUGCAACAAGCAACCCUAAUAGCAAAUGUAAUGUCAAUGACAAAUUUUUUCAACUGGUUCGUUAUGACCAGAACAUUUAUUAAUUCCUUUGAAACCAUAUUAACAAGUAUCGCCUUGUGCCAUUGGGAUUGGACUGGUGGGGCAUUUAUUCAUACUUCAGAAUUUUCUUUAGCAUUAUUUUGGGGUAUAAUGGCAAGUUUUGUUCGUGUCUCGAACUCUAUAAUAUGGUUGAUAUUGGGAGGCUUUUUGAUGCUUUCAAUAAUAAAGAAACGAGAAUAUUCAAGACUUUUCUUUUUAUUCAAGAAAGUUGCGGUAAUAUUCUCCAUUGUAUUAGUAUUGAACAUAUUAAUAGAUUACUACUUCUACGGUGAAUUUGUUUUCCCAAUUUUUAGAUUCUUGAAAUUUAAUUUCACAAGUCCAUUAUCCAAAUUUUAUGGUACGGCACCAUGGAACUUUUAUUUAUUUCAAGGUGUUCCAAUUAUGAUGGGUGCCAACUUAAUACCAUUCAUCUAUGGUAUGCGUCAUUCAUUGUCUUCUAGAACAACUAGCAACAUCAUGUAUGCUCCGUUUGUUCAAAUGAAAUUUGUUGUGCUGUUAAAUGUUAUUGUUUACUCAACUUUGGCUCAUAAAGAAUUUAGAUUUAUUUAUCCUUUACAACCAUUUAUGUUGGUAAUAGCAACAUUUGGUUACCAACGAAUUAGAAUUAUCCUUGUAAGAUGGGUAAAACUGGUUAAAUGUAUAAGUACGAUAGCUGUAAUAUUUACAAUAAUAGCAGCAUUUAUUAUUAGCAAUUAUCAUGAAUCGGGUGUAAUAUCUGUUGUCAAAUACCUUCAUGAAAUCCCUAAAGUCGAUAGUGUUGGUUUUGUUAUGCCAUGUCAUUCAACUCCGUGGCAAUCAUAUUUACAUAGAGAUGAUAUUAAAGACUUAUGGGCAAUAACCUGCAGUCCACCGAUAUAUUUAUUGGACGAUCCAAGAGCUGAUGAAAAAUUAAAAAGUUAUAUGGACGAAAGUGAUUAUUUAUACGAUGAUAUUCCUAAAUUUAUAAAAGAACAUAUGGUUAAUCAAGAAGUUGCUAACAAAGUAAAGCGAAUGGAUGAUUCUCAUGAAUGGCCUGAAUAUGUUGUCAUAUUCCAACAUAUGGAUGAAAUAUUCAUGCAUGAAUAUUUGAAGGAUUCUUCAUACCAAGAGAUCAAACGAUUCUUUAAUUCAUUGGGUCACUGGGAUAGUAGAAGAAGCGGUGAUGUCAUUGUGUACCAUAGGGAGACUCGAUAA